GCUGUACAUUCCGUCAGCCAGUCGCCUUUGCCGCUUCUCUGCAGCACCACACGCACAUCAAACAUAACCUAGCACAAUGUUUUAACUAAUCGUGAAUUUACUUUUAAUAGAUUUAUUAUUUAAAUUAUUAUUAAAAUAAACUGACAAUAUUUAUUUCGAAGUGAAAGUUUGUGUCUAUUAAACUAAAAACCAGUGUUUUAAAACUAAAAUGAAGGAUAAGAGUAUAAGCGAUGGCGCGCACGAAGCGAUGCUGGCGGAGAGUCGGAAGCCUCAAGUCAAGAGCAAACAGACACACAGUCAAGAGGAAUAUGAGGCACUACAGAGCUUCUUACGCAGUAUUAGUUCCACCGCCACACUACCGCCCUACGUCAAAGGAGAAACAUAUUCUUCUAUGCGUGGCGUCUUCAACCAGUGCCUCAUCACAUGCGCAGUAUUAGUGCUGGCGGCCGGCGCUGGACAUCCGAUCGGCUUCUCCGCGGUGGCGCUGCCUCAGUUGCAGACUGAGAACUCCAGUAUGAGAAUAGACGAGGAAAUGGGCUCGUGGAUUGCCAGCAUACAUUCAGCGGCUACGCCACUAGGGUCGAUGUUAUCUGGGCCCAUCAUGGAGGCGAUAGGGCGGCGGCGCACACUGCAGGCCUCCACCUUCCCGCUAGUACUGGGCUGGAUCCUCAUCGCCACCGCCAUGCACCACGCGCUGCUGCUACUCGGUAGAAUCGUGUGCGGCUUCGCUGUUGGCAUUAUGGCCGCUCCGUCACAGGUGUAUCUAGGAGAAAUAUCAGAACCUCGUUUACGUGGUUUGCUGAUUGGUACACCAUUCGUGGCGUAUUCCCUCGGUGUGCUGUAUGUAUACGCUCUGGGUGGCGCGCUACCCUGGCGCUCCGUGUCCUUCCUCUGCAUCGUGCUGCCUUCCCUGGCCUUCAUCGUGCUCUGCCUGUCCCCUGAGAGUCCCACCUGGCUCGCCAGGAAGGGACGCUUCCACGAAGCCAUGGCCGCUAUGGGCAGACUGCGUGGGAACCCAGACAUCGCGCAAAGAGAGCUUCACGAAUUGAUAUCAGCGCGCGAGAAAGAGAAGGCACGCGGUGAGGAGUCUAUCCGCUUCUUCGCGACGGUGUCCCGCCCGCCCGUGCUCAAGCCGCUGCUGCUCAUCAACGCGUUCAACAUGCUGCAGAUACUCUCCGGCUCCUACAUCGUCAUAUUCUACGCCGUCGAUAUCGUCAGAGAGGCCGGCGGAUCACUCAGCCCUCACAUGGUAGCGAACGCGAGCGCCUGCACGAGGCUCGGCGUGACCGUGAUAGCUUGCAUUUUAUUGCUAAAGAUAACGCGGCGCUCCCUCGUCAUGAUGUCCGGCGUCGGCACCGCCGCCUGCACGCUCGCCCUCGCCUUCCUGCUCUACACGGACAACGGCUCCGGCCUCAUCACUCCAGUGCUCAUACUGGGCUACGUCGCCUUCAAUACUCUAGGGUUCUUCCUACUCCCCGGUCUCAUGAUCGGAGAACUCCUCCCCACCAAAGUACGCGGACUCUGCGGUGGUUACAUAUUCUGCGUCUUCAACGCGGUUCUAUUCGGUUUUACUAAACUUUUCCCAGUCAUGAAGAACUCUGUCGGCAUGUCCGGUGUAUUCGCGCUCUUCGGGUCCGCCGCUUCCCUCGCCACUGUCGUCUUAUUCCUCCUCCUCCCAGAGACCAAAGGAAAAUCCCUCCUCCAAAUAGAACAGUAUUACCAAAAACCCAAUAUACUUUGGGUGACGCGCAAAAAGACGGCCGACGGUCAACAAGUCUAAGUAUUAAGUUAAAGUAAGUUACGAGUGUUAAGUUAACCCAAAGUUUCUCAUCACCCUGUUGCAUUAGAUAAAUAGUUCAAAUUGAAGGGCGUGAUAGUUCAAUUCCGUUAUAGCGUAGUAUUCAAAGAGUACAAACGGUUUUUUUUACUCCCGAACUAUAACGAUUACAAACUAAAGUCGCUAAUCUUUGAGAAAAUAAGUUUUUCCUCCUCUUUCUUCCCACGAUAUUCGAAAAAAUGUAUUGAGAUGCGGUUUUUACAACUCUUUGAAGAUUUUUAUUUUAAAUCGUUUUACAUUUGGUAAAAAAAAAUCUUGUUAUAUUCCAUUUGUGAACAAUAUAAUAACAUUAACUAAAUGAGAUAUUUCAUAUUCGAAUCCUGUACCAAAAUUAUUGAGGCAAAUAUAACUGUGAUGAACGAACAGGACCAGUUUGUUUUCUAACGUUCAAAGACUGUUAAUAAAAAUGUAAAACGAAUGACAAAUAUUUUAGAUUGCAUUUUUUAACCGUUAUUUACAACUCGAAAUAUAAAAAAAUACUUAAAUUAUUAUAGUCGUUACAAAAUAUUAGGUCACUUUAACAGUUUUCAAUGCAAUUUAAAUUGUUACUAGGAAGUUUUAGGAAUAUGUUCACAGAAAAUCUUGGAAAGAAUUUUGCCUAGUUCGUGUUGAAAUUGCCCUAAUAUAUUGUGACAAUAAAAUUAAUCAUAAGGUUUUUAGGUUUAAUAUUCACGAUUUAUUUGUCAAAAAUGUUACAAUAAUAUUGUUAUUUUGUUAUCAUGUUGUAACAAAUAUAUUGUUAUAGUAGUGACCGACAAUUUUAUGCGAGUUGCAAUUAUUGCAAUGAGAUUUUUAUCUGUGAUUUUUACGAUGACCAUGUUAUAGACAGAUCAGUGUAGGUGCUUUUCAAACUGUGCAUUUUGUGUAAUAAGCUAAUAUUUUUAUAGGCACGCAUUGACCUUACAAAUUGUGAUAAUAAAUAAAUAGCUAAAAUGAA